AUGGCUAAUUUCAUUCCCAAACUUGCCCAAUACCAUACUCCUCUUUCAGCCCUACUGAAGAAAAACCCUCCUCCUUGGUCAACCCAUUGUACUAAAGCUAUCAAAAACCUCAAAGCCAUAGCCAAAACCCUUCCUCCAUUAGCCAUACCUUCAGAUGGGAAAAGAGUUCUUCAGACAAAUGCCUCUGAUCGAUAUUGUGGAGCAGUUCUUUUAGAAGAAAAUUCAAAUCAUAAGCGCAAAAUUUGUGGAUACAAAAGUGGUGCUUUCUCUCCAGCAGAGCUUCGUUAUCACUCUAUUUACAAAGAGAUUCUGGCAAUCAAAAGGAGCAUUGAGAAGUUUGAAUUUCAUAUAAUCAAACUGAAGACUAUUCUGGAGAAAGUGGUUCAGAUAAUUCAGAGUAACAACCAUGUGCUUAUGACAGAUGUCUCUCUUACGUGGUGUAUGAAUAAGUGA